UUGCGGAUUUCUUGCUUGGAUGAAGUUUAUGAAGAAAGGUUAGUUUAAUGAUAUUUAAUCAAUGUGACAUAAUGCAUGGAUGUUAAAUGUCUGCAUUUGUGAACACAAUCUAUGUAGCCACCGUUAGGAGCCGCGGUCUGAGACUUAUACUUUUCAACAACCAUACUAAUUCAUGCUUUUUUCGUUAUUGGAGAUAAAAAUGUUUUAAGAACGGUCAAAUCAUAAACCACAACCUUAUUAACCCGAAUAAUCCAGUCGUUAUAUUACGAUCACUACGACCACUCCAUUACCUCUGAGCACAAUGAUCAUAAGGGUGCGUUGUUAUUAUUCAAGUUACAACCUUAUUACAAAUUCAACAAUUAUGGGCUUAAGCUGACAAAAUAACAUUUUCCAAGUAUUUGGUCCAAUCGCAUUCUUGUCGAUUUCACAUUGACAAAAAAAAAACUAAUGCAUUAGAGAAAUAAUGACCCGGGAAAAGUGAGCAUAAACUGAAUGUCCGAAACGUAUUUGGUAUGUAUAAUACUUCUAAAAUCAUUUCAGGUUAUGAGAGUUUACCUCUUACUCUAACCUCAAAAAUCAUAUUUAAUCUAUGUUUAAACUGUUAAAACGGGUACAUAUAAAAUAAGAGUGGAAAUCGAAACCAAAACAAACAAAACGCAACGAAACAAAAAGAAAGGGAAAAUGAAGAAACGAAAUACAACCGAAAUCAAAACUAUAGAUUAAAAUUUUAACCCAAUAGCACUUUAAGAAUCCAACCCUUUAGUUUUAUGCAAUCAUUCAAUUGUGUGGUGUCCUUGAUAGUUUUCAUUGUUACAACUACGUUAAAACAGUAGGCUGUAUAUUUAAGGAAAUAUCCCUAUUAUCUCUUAUUUGAUGGUCUCUAAAUUGAUGAUUGCAAAUGCAUUUACACUUUUCUACAAAACUGUGUGGAUGUGCAGUACGUGUAACGUACAAUAUAACAUUUGAUAUUCAAGAAUACUUUUUACGGACUUUGUCUUUGAUCCUAUCGGCUAUCCUUAUAUGGGUAAAUUUGAAGCGUGAGAAAAAAGUUCAUGUCUUUGAAGUUUUCUAAAAUGUAUUCAGCACCAGGUGUUGCACGAGCCUCAGCCGGGUAUACAUGUAUAUAAAAGAGAUAUUAUUGUUCAAAUGUUAUAACUCAAAAUAGAGCCAACUGAGAAGGAAAAGGUAAUGUACGUACAUUUUAGAAUUAUUUGACGGUGUUUUACACAUUUUGAUGUUGCGUUAUUUCCAGUUUCAGUAGCAAACAAGCUGAUAUUUGAAUGGCUAAAUAAAUAGAAGAUUUUAGUAGUCCGGGUCAAUAUAUAUAAAUUAACCUAGAAUACUUUAUAAGUAUAUUGUUCAAGAAAAGUAUGAUAAAAUCAUAAUUCAUAAAUAUCGACAAAUAAUAACAGUGCAAAACUUUACCUUUAUAUACCUUAUAUACUUAUUUUAUAAAUGCAUUUAAUUUAAAACCGAUUAUCCCAAUUUUAACCAACUUGACUCUAACUCUUAACUUAAAACAAUUAUAGAUCCCAAGUAUAAAUUUUUUUAUGUCCCAUUUAUGGACAUUAUGUUUUCUUGUCUCUGCGCCCGUCUGUUCGUUCAUCUGUCUGUCCGUUCGUCCGUCUGUCCCGCUUCAGGUUAAAGUUUUUGGUCGAGGUAGUUUUUGAUGAAGUUGAAGUCCAAUCAACUUGAAACUUAGUAAACAUGUUCCCUAUGAUACGAUCUUAAUAAUUUUAAUUUCAAUGCCAAAUUAGAGAUUUCCCCCCAUUUUCAGGGUCCACUGAACAAAGAAAAUGAUAGUGCGGAUGGGACAUCCGUGUACUGGGGACACAUUCUUGUUUUCUAUAUAAAGAAAAAUAAUGGAAUUGCGAACAUAAGGUCCACAUUGGUCAAUUAUCUAUUGUCUAUAUAAUUAUAUCUUGGGGAAUACCCCGUUAUUCUGAUACCCCAGUAGUCCGACACCCCAAUAGUUAGACACCUUAUUGGCCCGACACCCCACAAGUCCGAAACCCCUUUAUCACGAAUGUGACCUACCGAUUUCGACUAUUUACCCCUAUUUGUAGCAUUUUUACUUUUGUGUCUGUUUGUUUUGUUUACGCCUCAUUAUCAAUAUUAUAAUAUUUGACUAUUGAUUAUGUACCUAGCCUAGCUGCUUAAUAGAUCUAGGUAGCAGCUAGGCUAGAUACACGUUCAUCAGUCAAAAAUCUACGUAGCCCUAUGUAGCUGUUACGAUAUUGCACGGCACGCAACCCCGUUAAAAACAUGCGGCAGUUUAAAAGGUGUUUCGUUCGAACUAGUUAGUGUCUAGAAUCGAUAACGAAACAAUAAGCGACGACGAGCUUGAACACGGUUGUCGUCCCUUAAUUUUCGUUAUCCUCGAAAAUAUUUUCCUUGGUGUGGACAGUGUUACUUACCAAUUUAUUUCAUACCCUUUCACAAUUCAUUUCUUCACCCCUUCAACAUACAAUUGUCCAUAUUGUGAGUUAGAUCUGAUGAGGUUUUGGAUAAUUUUGAUAUAAUUUGUCUAAAUUUUCUAAUUGUCUAAAAGAAAUGCACCACGGAAUAACUUCUGUUCUCGGGCCAUAUAUAAGGUAGACCCUCUUGCAAAAUGGAUUACUGUUUUAAAAUGGUUCUUUAAUAUUCUCUGCAAAUGUGCAGGUUGAUUUCGAUUUAAUAUGCAUUUCUUAUGUUUCAAAAUUGGUAUCCGAAAUAUUUAUUUUAAAAUAUUUAUGAACAAAGAAUGUACUUGCGUAGAAAUUCGAUAUCAAUAAGAUUCCCCACCAUUUAAGAUGAGGGGCAGCUGUUUUAGGUCCGUGAUUUUGUUAAAUUUUUCGAACCAUUUGUUAUUAUUGAAAUUAAAAGAACGGUGAGUAAUUUGGAUCAAGAUUUAGAUUUAAAAAAAAACAGUUCUAUGGAAACUGGUUAGUAAAUUACUAAUUGAUUAUCGUUAGCUUUCACUUCUAUAAAAUUGGGUAAAACAGACUUCUUUGAGUUUCCUUUCCGAAGUAGGGAGCUUCAUUGCUGACAGGUGAACAACAAUACUUCAAUUAUAAAUUUAUUUUUUUAUGUUAUUUCAGAUGUCUGAACCUGACCUUUAUGACUUCAUGAGAAGUCGCAAUAUUAAAGAUGAUAUUAUAAGAACAUUGAUAGAGGAAAAGAUAGAUUCCCAAACUAUCAUUCACAUGUCAGAAGAGGAAUUGACAAAGUUUGUGCCGCUGUAUGGGGAUCGCAAAGCAAUAAUAGCGUUUAGCAGGGACAGAAAAGACACGUCUUGUGAAAAGAAAAAGAAGACAAAGACGUCGUUAAUGAAAAAACUUCGGGCAAAAGUGAAUGCAAUAAAGGGAGGGGCCUCUUAUAGUAGUGGAGAUGAGGAUGAGGAUGAAAAAGAGGUACGUAGUUCUUUGAGUAAGAAACUGAAAGGCAACAAGAACGCAGAAAAAAAGAAACGUCUUGUGGAUCUAAGCUGUUUCCAUAAUGACGGUGAUGCAUAUCAUCAGAUACGAGGAAACAAGGGCGGUGGCCCUAAGUCGUUUGACAUGGAAAAAUUUGAUACGAUGGGACAAGUAUUAGACCUUGCCAAACAGCUGUAUUUUCCAAAUGGACACAACGCAGUGAGAGGUAAAAUCACGGAAUAUAAGAUAAAAUUAACUGACACAUAUUUUCAAAACAUCGACUUACAGUCUACCGUGGAGUCCUGUUAUAAUCGUUUAAAGAUGAGACAAUUGAGGUUCAACUUCUGCACAGAAGGCACUACUAGUACAAUUGAGAGUGACGAGUUGCCACCUUUAUCAAUUCCAAAGAAUAGGAAUGCAACUGCUCAGAGUGGAGUUAUUGAAGUAAUGGAAAUUAUUGACUUGCCUCCAACCUGUUUAAGCAAACCUGAAAAAUCAAAUGACAUUUUUGUCACUAAUGAUUUUUAUAAUGCAGAACUUCCGGAUAUCCAAACAAACUUUGAUAUUGCUGAUUUUUCGUUCGACGGUGAUAUUGCAUUUGGUCCUAAUGUACGGGCAAGCAAUGUAAGCUUAGACUCGACAUUACCAUUAGAGAGUGGAAGUGGUGAUACUUUGGACAGACCAUUAGAAUUUGGAAAUGCUGGUACAGUGGAGAGAAAAAUUAUUCGUAUACAUAGGGCUUCAGCUUUAAUGGAUAUGAUAAUUCAUUUUAAAGAUCCAAACAUCAUGACUGUAGACAUUGAUGCCAUCAUGGUAUUAGACAAUGGUAAGGAAGAAGCCGGAGAAGGAGAUGGUGUUUUCAGAGAUUGUAUAACCCAGUUUUGGGAUGAAUUCUAUGAACAAUGCACAGAGGGUCGUAUUUUCAAGGUACCUGUACUUAGGCAUGAUUUCCAAAAGGAGGAAUGGAAAGCUGUUAGUAGAAUAAUAAGAAAGGGGUUUGAAGUCAGUGGUUACUGGCCCAUUUCAAUUAUGCCUGCUAUAUUCGAAGAGUGCAUUCAUGGAAGCAUUGAAUCAAGUCUGAUUGAAUUGUUUUCAGAUUACUUACCUGAAAUGGAAAGUCAGAUUGUUAAAAAAGCUAUUUCCAAUUUCAAUGAUGUGGAUCAAGAUGACUUCAUUGAAUUCCUUGAUAGUCAUUCUUGUAGAAAAUUGGUGAAUUCUGAAAAUGUCCUGCCAAUUAUUGGAGAGUUGGCACAUAAAGAGUUGAUUCAACAACCACGAUACGUGAUCGAAUGUUUCCGUUCAGAAUUACGACAGUUGCAAGUCACUCCAGGCAAACUACAACAAAUUUAUCAAGAAAUGAAACCAACAUCUAAGGAAAUUUUGAAAUCCUUGAGUGUACCGGAAAACAUGAAAGAAGCGGAAAGGCUAUGUGCAGGCUUUUUAAAAAGAUAUAUCAAAGAUCUAGAUGGAGAAAAACAAAAGGCUUUCUUGAGGUUCUGCACAGGUUCAGAUGUCCUGCUGGGAAUGAAAAUAACGGUUGAGUUUUUUGAAUCUAAAGGGUUCACACGGUCACCAAUAGCUCAUACAUGUGGGCGAGUAUUACAAAUUCCAUCAACUUAUGACACAUAUCCUUCUUUUAGGUCUGAGUUCAAUUAUCUGUUGAACAGUAAGGUUUGGGUAAUGGACAUAGUUUAG